GAGGAAAAUGGAUGGAUGGAACAAUAUGAAGGUUUAUUUUCAUCUCUACAAGCUUUCGUGUUACUCGUGUAAAUCACAUCUGUUUACAUCAGAGGUGGUACGGUGCCUUCGAUACCUUUGUAAACACAAUGAACUGAACUCCAGCCUGUUUGAUAGAAACACCACAUGUUACUGAGACAGAACAAGUCACAUCUGUAUGGAAGCAUACCAGCGCAAUUAUGAGUAAGUCACAAUUAUGACAAAAGGUCUCCAAUCUUUUCUCCAUCUGGCACUGCAGGGUUGUAGGAGCUCCUUUUGAAGUGCGUUUCUUUCUCCAAGUUCCCUGGUAGGGACGUUGUUUAAUUACUGUCUUCUUCUCUGUCAGACUCUUCAGAUGGGGAUCAGUCACUUUUCGGGACUCUUCGUGUUGUUGUGCGUUGGAGUGGGCGGAGCGUUGCUGACUCUGGCAUGUGAACACGGUUUCUACCAACUCGUCCUGCCUCACAUCCGUCGCCGACAGAACCUCAAAUACUGGCUGCAUACAUCACAGAAAAUCCAUCGAGCUCUGAAUAUGACGUAUGAAGACGUAAAGAGGCAGCGAGCUGAGAAAGAGAAAAGCUGUAACCUCGAGAAGCCUCAGCCCCCCUCUGGCCCCCCUGCUCCGCCGGCCCCCGGAGCCUCGGCCAAGUGGAACAAUGAGGCCAGUAAGGCCGCCGCUAAGGAUGCCCGAGACUUCAAACAAGUCCACUUUAACCUGGAGACCCUGAACACUCGCCGCCUGCUCGCUCGCAUCGCCACGUCUGACGCCAAGGGAGGCGGGGCCAAAUCUGAAGGGCAGUUACCAGACAAGCCAAAGGCGGGGCCAAACAGCAGACUGUGUGAGAACGGAGGACCAGCGGCUUCACUUGCCAGCCUGCUCCUUUCCCGACCCGCAUCAUCCUCCUCUUCUGCUUUCUCCUCUGCCCAACCCGAUACCUCUGCGCCUCCUUCUGUUGCUGUAGCACCCCCGCCCCCCCGGCCCGGUGAGCUGCAGGAGCUGCAGGAACAGAUCGACCAGAUGAGGGAGAAGCUGAGGACGGCUCUCGCCAGGAGGGCUGAGAUCCAGACCACUCUGGCCAAACCUGUCGCCACAGUAACCGACAACCCGCCUGCAGUUACCACGACGACAACAACUACGACAACAGCAAUCGCCCCGCCCACCAUCGCCCCGGUAACACCCUUCCCCGCCAACACGAAGUGCGUGACAACCAUGACGGACCCGCCUCACAAAGUCCUGUCCAAAGUCCGGCCCCUCCACAGCAGACUGACCAGUCAGAGGUGAUGCUGUCUGUACUGGUCAUGUGACUCUCACCACACGGCGGCCAUUUUAAACUGCUGAAAGGUUUUAUUUUGAAAUGCCAAAAUUAAACACAAAUUCACUCGUAUGUGACAAUAAAGCCACAAAGAGGUCAUUCAUUCAGCUGUAGAGAUAAGUAUACGAAUACUAAUGUAUUUGUACAUUACAGAGACUCAGUGAGUCACUGAAGGGAGACUUUUAAUACGAGCACAACAAGACCUUCAGCUGUUUGUUUAUCAUAUCAUAACUUCAACAGGAGAGGAUACUGAUCAUUAAUAAAAUCACAUGUUUGGUAUUUACUAGAUUCUGUUGACAGAUGAAUGAAUGGAUUAUAUCCCGAUUAAAAGGACAUUGAUUAUUAAAGUAAGUUUGUGGUUCACUGCAGAUUUGGAAAUAAAUCAUGGAACAUUUAACAAUUUUAAUAUCGUAUGUUAACACAGUAGAAUAAACAUAAUCCCUUAUAUUGAUGAUCCAAAAAGCAUUAACAAAAGAAUUGUAUAUCAAUGUAUAAUAUUCCAUAAAUAUAUUUAUUGUUCAAACCUUAAUUGAAACCAUAAGGUGCGUCUAAAUUAAAGUGCAACACUGCACUCAACAUAAUCUGAUGAAUCCUGUAAACAUGUUAAAUAACUGAAUGCUAAAUGAAUAAUAAUACAACUUAAAUCUCGACAAUAAGCUCCUGAAAAUGAGUCUUGCUGGAUAUUCAGUGUUGUUUCAAAGGUUAAAUAAGACGAUUUUAUGGGAUUCUCAUUUCAUAGUAAGUUGGAUUCACACGGUCUCGGCCGGUUACGGAAGUCAGAAAGUAAAAUAUAAUAUUUGGUCACUUUACAAACAUUUGGAGACACUUUAUGUAAAUAAGGAACAAGAGAGGACCCUAAAUGUAGCCCUGGUUUAAUAAUAAUAAUAAUAAUACAUUUUAUUUAUAUAGCGCUUUUCAUAAUACUCAGA